AUGAUGAUUCCACUGGUUGUCCUACUGCUUGCGGGUGUCGGUUGUGACACAAAGCAGAAGGGUCCGAGCAACCUAUCUGUAGGCAGAAGUAAAUUGAUUGACAGCGGGAACGCCUUGGAAGCCGUUGAGCAUCUCGAAAGAGCAGAACAGGAAGAGGUUAAUAAACUGGAGCCACGUGCUCUACUCCUUAUCGCUUACUCUCAUGGACUUUCCACGGGAAGUGCGAGUAGCCACGGCGUUGAAGCCAAGUUCAAAAACCAACGGGAACAGCGGAUACAAGAACUCACCGAGGCUGAGAUAAAGCAAAUCCUACAAAUUCUCAGCAGACCGUCGCGGGUACAGAGAGAUGGCUUACAGGUACUUGUUGACAAGGGACCUGAAGCAUCGGUAAUAAUUCUCGACAGCCUCACCAUAGGGAGAUAUCCGUCGCUUCAUGAAAAUUUUCCGGAAGUGCUUGUUCAGAUAGGUUCUGACGGUCUUGACCUGGUUUUAGCGAAACUUACUGAUGAAACGACUUCACCUGCACUCAAGGUUAAACUCGUGCAGGUCCUUGCUGGAAUUGGCGACGCGAAAGCCAUAGAUGCCCUAAAAACGCUUCAAAGUGGAACAGGCGAAGCUACUUUGGCAAUGGAGAUUAACACGACCCUCUAUCAACUCGGUGAGGAAUCCUAUAAAAAGGACAUCAUCGCCGGCUUAAGUCAUAGUGAUGUUGCUGCCCGACGCGCCGCCGCAAAAGCCAUGGUCAAUAUUAGCGAUGUCUCAUCGAAAACUCUCAUUGCGGGGUUAAAAGACACCGACUCUGAAGUCGUCACAUCACUCGUAAAGGCACUUGAAGUGCAUCGGGAUGCUGACGCUGUCGACGAACUCCUAAAUAUUCUUACCGGUGGGUUGGACAAAGAUCCGAAGCAGGCGGCAAUUAAUGCGCUUGACAUUUAUGGACAAAACAAGCUUGCGAGGGGUUUGGCAAAGCGUGUUACAAUGCUACUCAUUGGCGGCACAGUUAGCGACGCAGACACUCGGCUCCGUCUUGUUCAACUUCUGAAGAGAGAACCGUUUCUGAAGCAAAUUCAGGUGACGGAAUUGUACGACAAUCUUGAGUUCAAGCUCUAUGAAUAUCAGAAGGAAAAGGAACAGAGCGAACUCGUCAAAUCGUCGCUUAAACAACUCCUUGAUGCACUUCAGUAG